GAGGAGGAGAGAAGGAGAAGAGGAGGAGCGUAAGGGAUUGACUCAGUGAGGGAUUGACCUCACUGUCAUGCGAUGUUGCGUUACCGGAUAGCGGUCACAUCGAACCAUUUCUCUCCUUCUCCAACUCAAUCACAAUACCCAAGGCGUUACUACAUGAAGCGCAUCACACAGUCGAUCUGCAGCGGACAUGUUUCCUUAUUUUUAGCUGAGCACAUAGUUUGAGAGAUAUGUCGAGGAGCUCCGCUGCUGCGUCCCGCGGCCUUUACAUGUGAGUCUGCGUCUGCUACGAAGAGUCUUCAGCCACAGGACGAGGGGCGCGAUUAGGACUGUGACCAUGUUCGAAGCAGAGGGGGUCUUCUACAUUAUUCUGGACGUCACCUGCGUUGUCUUCGCUGGACUUCCAUUUGCAGUAUUAAAUCUCCAGCAUAGUCCAUUCAAAAGAGGAUUUUUUUGCAGUGAUGACACCAUCAAGUACCCCUUCAAAGAAGAUACUAUAUCUUACCAGUUGUUAAUGGGAAUAAUGAUUCCAGUCAUGUUAUUUGUUAUUGUUGUUGGGGAGUGCCUUUCUAUAUAUCUGAGGUCCAGAUCCUCUUUCAUCAAUGACUACAUUGCAUGCAUUUACAAAGCAGUUGGCUCCUUCAUAUUUGGAGCAGCAGUAAGUCAGUCCCUGACUGACAUUGCGAAGUACUCCAUCGGUCGGCUGAGGCCACACUUCCUGACCGUAUGCAAACCCAACUGGGACCUUUUGGAUUGUAAGUCAGGCUACAUUGAAAAAUUCUCAUGCACAGGAGACAAAACAUUAGUCAAUGAAGGCAGGCUUUCAUUUUAUUCUGGACAUUCAUCCUUUUCUAUGUACUGUAUGCUGUUCCUUGCACUGUAUAUGCAAUCAAGAAUGAAGGCGGAAUGGGCACGAUUGCUACGGCCAACUAUCCAGUUCUUCCUUAUUGCUGCAUCUCUGUAUGUGGGCCUAUCACGAGUUUCAGACUAUAAACAUCACUGGAGCGAUGUUCUCACUGGAUUUAUACAGGGAGCCAUUGUGGCGGUAUUUACUGUGUUCUGUGUGUCGGAUUUCUUCAAGGCUCAGCCCAAGGGAAACAAAGAGGAAAUCUCACACACAACCUUACAGGAGACCACAAGCAAUGUUAAUCAUUAUGGAAGCACUGAGGGAUGACAAGAAGGAGGAGAAAAUGUGGGAAAUUACUAGAUCAUAUACAGUCUUAUGUAAAGGUUUGGACUCCCUUUUUUAAGUUAACACAUCCUCUAUAGAGAACACUGUUCUGCAAAUUUUAGUGCACAAUUACUGUUUCUUUGCUGUUAUUUAACACACUGGAAAAAUAACAUGCACAUAUUCAAAAGUGUGGGCAUGUCACGUUUUGUGUUUUAUUUUUUCAAAUAUGUUAAACUUAGCAAAUAAAUUAAUGUUUACAGUUUGACAAUUCAUGACAACAUGUAGUUUGACUAAGAGUGGCCAAACCUUUGUGUAAGACUGUAUAUUGAAAGAGGAAAUGUGUUAAACAGAACAACGGUCACUGUUGCUGCCAAUCUGUCACUGGCCUCCCUCAGUUUUCCAGAGAAAAAUAGCUUAAUAUGGGUUUUAUACUGUAAAAAUCAGCCACUACUCCUGAAGCAUCGAACAUUCCAUGGAAAUUAGUUUUAGUUUUUGCAUUACUAUUGCUAUAGUAGCUUAAAGCCAAAAAGUUUGCCAUCGUAAAUUUUAGUGUUUCUGUUUUAUGAAGCUUAUGAUUCUGUAUAGUUUUCUCCAAGAGUCACAUAACACAUUUUAUGUCUCGGAGAUUGAAUACCUUGUGGACUGUACAUUAUUCACAUACAUGACUUUUGCGUUAAGAGGAUAAUAGUUAGAAUAUCCUUUCUAGGUUCCGAUAGGGGAAAUUAUGUCAUUAAUGAUGCUAGCAGCACCUCACAAAUGUUCAGUACUCUGUAUCAAGUAUCAAGUGCACAUACAAGCAUUUCCAUGUAUAUGUUUGUGUAAUAAUACACUUACCUAUAUUAUUACUGAGGAGUCACUCACAUUUCACACCAAAUAUGGACACAAAGGGAGCAGAAUAAAUAAUAAAAUGUGUCCCAUGGAGGGUUGUGAGUGUUAGGAGGAAUCCUGUUGAGCAUAGCUUUUUCUAGUAUCACGUUUUCAUUUUGUAUGUUUUAUGGUACAUGUCAAUAAGGGAAUGGCAAACAUAGAGAACAUGCAAAAUUACACUGAAUUUGCUUUUGGUACAUUAUUUAUACGUAAUCAGUGCAUUGUUUUUGUUUGCUUUAUUUUGAAAUUGUAAUAAAUAUGUAAUCUGUAACAUGCUUUAGAUAUUAAUGCCUAAAAGACUUUCCAUGUAACCCUUGAAUUUGUCAGUUCUUUAACUGGUUGCUACAAUGGUGCAUCCCUGGUUGUAUCCACAUCUGGUUGUAUGUCAGGUUUUAUAAAGCAUUAUAAUAUCUGUUCAUAAGAACAUUGUAAGCGUGAAUGCUGUUUUGCACAAUAACGCAUUUUAACAAGC